AGCCACAGACCAUCUUCUAAUAAGUUCUUCUUUUCUUUGUGACUGACUGACUGACUGUGGAUCCUCUCCUCUGUAAUUAGUAGAUCAUUCGUCAUACAUUUCCCCCAUAAAUCUCACUCUGAACCACGCUAUCAACAUCACCAAGCAUUGAUGCUUUAGAUUAGAGAGAGCCAGAGCCAGAGCCAGAGCCAGAGAGAUGUCGAGGCGAUCAGGCGGCUGUUUGAGGUGCUGUUUGGUGGUUUUCGCGGUGGUCUCGGCUCUCUGCGUCUCCGGACCCUCUCUGUAUUCGAAGCUCAACAAGGGCUUAAGCUUCGGAGCGCCUUCUUCUUGUAGCCCUUGCGUGUGUGAUUGCCCUCCUCCUCUCUCGCUCCUCAAGAUUGCUCCUGGCUUGGCCAAUCUUUCUGUUACAGACUGUGGAGGGAAUGAUCCAGAUCUCAAAGAGGAGAUGGGAAAGCAGACUGUGGAUCUGUUGACGGAUGAGAUGAACUUGCAGGAGACUGUUGGUCAAGAGCAGGCCCGCCAUAUGAACAUUACGUUGGCAGAAGCCAGAAGGGUAGCUUCCCUAUACCAGAGGGAGGCCGAUAAAUGCAUAGCUGCCACAGAGACUUGUGAGCAGGCCAGAGAGAGCGCUGAGGCAUUGUUGACCAAGGAAAAGAAAGUUACUUCCUUGUGGGAACAAAGAGCACGGCAAGCGGGUUGGGAAGGUGAAUAAGCAUUAUAUACAUUCUCAUCUUGUUGCUGUAAUAGUUGUGAAAUAAAGUGAAUCAGCUACAAGUGAAUUUGUUACGUGUUUAUCAGUCUCGUUAAGCAGAACAAUGCUCUCUCUCUCUCUCUCUCUCUCUCUCUCUCUCUCUCAUAUUUUUGUGCCCUAAAUAGCUUAUCCAUCAAGCAUACCAGAUUUAUAGCAUAUGAAUGUGUGAACUUGAUUGCUUGCCAUCGUCCGAGUUGGUUGGUUGAAGUUACCUAAUUAUUAUUUGCUAGGUAAGUUACCUAAUUAA